GUCUCCAGAUUCCAAGAUUGCACUGCAAGGACAAGAUGGAUUUAUGCAGCCUUUAUUACCAGGAUCUCUCCCCGCAGGAGGUACCGAGUUUGGAGACUGCGGCUCAAGUUUUCAGAUAUGGGGAUCCUGGAUUUCUCCAGGGCUUGGACAGGAACCGGCUGAGUGCAGACAAGGGACUGUACCCCAACUCAAACAGCACACCCCUCUCUUCCAAUGCCUUCACAGAGCAAUCUCUUAAUUACUGGGAGCACUGCCAGUCAGGGUUACUUUCUGUCCCGACCCAAGGAGAGUCUCUGUCUUCGGAUGAGUUCCUGCCAUCUUUCCAGACACUUCUACCUUCAUAUGCUAGAGAGCUACAGCAGCAGCCUACCCACCAGGAGAUGUUGGGCCAUGAGGCUGGGGACUCCCUGUACUACCCCCAGCAUGAUGCUCCAAUGGAGAGCUUCUCCCACAGUUUGGGAGCUGGAAACGUGGGGGACCAGGGCUUCUCCUGGGCGUCUGAGGAGUGGCACAGCUGGGACGAGGCCACGUGGCUGAGCUGUAAUUCCUAUGAAGGUUCCACCAUGCAUCCAUCACCAGGGUUGGGCAGAAACCAGUCUUGCAUGCAGAUAAAUCACAGCUCGACGUUAAACAGAGCUCCACAGACAGGUUUUACUGUCGAUAGUUCUGGUUUCCAGCAAGCAGUCAGCCAGCCGGGGCCUCGGAGUGCCAGUGAUAAAGAGAGGUUCCAUCCUACUCCGAGAGCACCAGGAUCCAAAGACAGCAAGUCCACUCCAUCCACCGGAUCAGGUCCAAUCCAACUCUGGCAGUUCUUGUUGGAAUUAUUGCAAGACUCCACGUGCCAGAAACUGAUCAACUGGACAGGCAACGGCUGGGAGUUCAAACUAUCAGACCCUAACGAGGUGGCAAGGCGAUGGGGGAGGCGAAAGAACAAACCCAGAAUGAACUAUGAGAAGUUGAGUCGCGGAUUACGAUAUUAUUACCAUAAGAACAUAAUCCACAAGACAGGCGGUCAACGCUACGUCUACCGAUUUGUGUGUGAUUUGCAGGACAUGCUGGCCCGACCAUCACAGGGGCCACAGCAGGAGUCCAAAAACCACGAACAAAGACAAAGGAAUCAAUGAAAAAAAGUUUUGGUACAGAAAUCGUUUGGCCAGAGCUCACAGGGACAUUCUGGACUGUGAAUGCCCUAACCUUACAUUAAAGGGA